AUGAGGCGCGGGAGGCGGGCGUCUCUGGCGCUAACGCUAAACUUGGUGGCGUUUGCGUUCGCGCUGUCGGCAGUCACCACCAGCUACUGGUGCGAGGGGACCAGGAAGGUGGCCAAGCCCUUCUGCACGGGCCCCCCCCUGAAGGCCAAACAGUGGUACUGCAUCCGCUUCAACAGCUCCAAUGUCAACGACUCGCGCCUCGUGCAGUACAUCUUCGAGACCGGAGAAGAGAAGUUCCUGAUGCGGAAGUUUCACACCGGAAUCUUCUUCUCCUGCGAACAGGCCGCAGACAUGAACGGUGUCCUGUACCUGUGUAUAGUGGCAGAGUCCCUGUACCUGUCUCUCCUCUUCACUGGUGGGUUCCUCAUGGUCCUGGAGCAGUGUCCGUGCUUCAGUCUCAUCAACAAACUGAAGCUGAGUGCCUUCGCCGCUCUGUGCACCGCCGCCUCAGGUCUGUGUGGGAUGGUUGCUCACAUGAUGUUCACCACAGCGUUCCAACUCGCCGUCGCCAUGGGACCAGAGGACUGGAGACCCAAGACCUGGGACUACAGCUGGUCCUAUAUCCUGGCCUGGGGCUCCUUCGGGACCUGUAUGGGCUCCGCGGUCACGGCCCUGAACCGUUACACCAAAACCAUAGUGGAGUUCAAGUACAAGCGGAGAAACAUCGCCAAGAGCCUGGUGUUCAAACAGAGGCUGCUGGAGCUGGACCUGCCGGACCACCUGUGGGACCAGUACGACCCAGACCUGGACCAGGACCAGGACCAGGGGAGCCACUUUGACCUGCAGCUCAAUGGACACAAGCCUCCCACGGGCAGCGACUUCCACCUGCGAGCGGAGAUGGAGGGCCUGUCGGAGGAGUACUGCUGA